ACAGUGGGGUGAAAUAAAAUAAAACCCACAAGGCUGCAGCCAAUCAGGCCUGAGACCAACCGCCACAGCUGCAUUUGAAUCAGCGUCAACACCGGAGCAACACGGCUGUGGGACGUACUUGUUUUUCUGGACCAUACUUAUUUGCAAGGACAAUCUACAAUGCCUCCUCCUACUCGCUCAAGCUCCCUGCAGUGGAAGAAUGUCAAUGCAGACUCAGUCUUAGGCAAUGGCGUUGCUACCCGUGCAAAGCGAGCAAACAGCACUGUGGUAUUUGGAGAGAACCAGGUGGCUGGGAAAAGGAAAGCAGAAUCACCUCUCAAGAAAGCAACUAAGAGAUCAGCUUUAGGUGAAAUCACUAAUGCUAUUGGGAAGUCAGCCAAUGACACUAAGAAUGCUCUAAAAAAUGCUGCUAACAACCACUCAAAGGCUUUCAGCAAGUUCAAGGACAAGAAGGUUGUUGUUGAGAAGAAAGACCUUCCUGUGAAGGCGCCAAGUAAGAAGGUUCUUGCUGAGAAGCCUGUCAGGAUUGCCGUACCUACAAGGCAAACUCAGUCCAAGACUUCUCAAAUACCUACGGUCCAGCAUGUCACUCGCAAAACUUCUGCAGCUGCUGUUGAGUCUGUUCCUUCAUUGAAGCAAAAGGUUGUCCCCAAAGAGCCCGUGCGGGCAUCAAAACGCCUUUCUGCCCGUCUUUCUUUAACGAAUGACUCUGGAGAGACAUCCCUCUACGUUUCUGCUUUGGAUAUCAAUCCUGAUCAAGAAGAAAUUGCUGAGGCAAAGUUGGAGAAAGCCCCUGCUUCACCUGUUAGGAAACUUCCCCCUGGUGUUGAAGACUUUGACGCUGAAAGUGCCACUGAUCCUUUUGCCGUCUCAGAAUAUGCCUAUGACAUCUUCGAGUACUUAAAAGAGAGAGAGGCAAAGUACAGAAUUUCUGACUACAUGGACAAACAAAUUGACUUGACUCGAUUCAUGCGCUCUCUACUUAUUGACUGGAUGGUGGAAGUUCAAGAAAACUUUGAACUUAACCAUGAGACAUUAUAUCUAGGAGUAAAAAUCGUCGACACUUACCUCUCUAAAGUUCCUGUAGGGAAGCAGACUUUGCAACUUGUUGGAGCAGCUGCUAUGUUCAUUGCCAGCAAAUAUGAUGAACGAGUGCCCCCGCUUGUUGAUGACCUGACCUACAUCUGUGAUGGAGCCUACAACCACGAUGAGUUAAUCGCCAUGGAAGUUGCCAUCCUGAGGGUCAUUGGCUUUGACCUCAGCAUGCCACUGUCAUACAGAUUCCUCAGACGCUAUGCAAGGUGUGCUAAAAUUGCGAUGCCACAACUUACUCUUGCGAGAUUUAUCCUGGAGUUGUCUUUAUUAGAGUACAGUAUGGUGACUGUGUCAGACUCCAAGCUUGCAGCGGCUACUCUAUUCCUCGCACUGAAGAUGCAGAAUCUGGGUGGUUGGACCCCAACCCUAGAGUACUACUCUGGGUACAAACUGGAAGACAUCCAUGACCUGGUACACCAACUUAAUGACAUGUUGCACAAAAAGCCCAAGACAGCCCUUCAAACUGUUCGCAACAAAUAUUCUCACAAGGUGUUCUUUGAAGUUGCCAAUAUUCCUCUAGUGGAUGACUUGCAGUUAUAAGAUUGCUGAUGUGAUGUCACAUUUCAUGGUGUUGAGAUGAAGUUAUUUUAUGUUAAACCAGGACAAUCUGUCGUUUUUAAUUUUUAUAAAUUAUUUACGUUGUGAAAAUAUUGCAGGUAGUGUACGUCAAGUCUUGCCUUACAGUCAUUUAAAUUGAUAAGAAUUGUUAAAAGGCUUGUCAACAUUCUGUUACCUUUUACACUAUCUUGUAUAUAGUAUGUAUAAAUGUUUGUCAUUUUAAAGGUACAAAUACAAGUUGUCUGUGCAGCAGGCUUUGUACAUUUUAGCAUGAUUUGCCUGUUCUACUGAAGCUUUAAGUUUUUAAAAAUAAAUCAUAGCCUUUAGACCGUAAAGGAAAAGUGUACAUCAUUGUUGAUACUGUGUGAGAUUUUAUUACUAUUUAUUCUUGAUAAUUGUGAUCGCUUUGCACAUGUCAGUAUUAAUCAAAGCUUUCUCAACAUUGAAAGUUGGUACAUGUCAACCAUAGUAUAAUCUAUUGGCAAUCGCCAAUGUAUUUAAAUUGACUGAUGAAUUUUCGUAAUUUAUUUUUUCUAUGUACCAAUAUUUACUUCUAAAUUUGUUUGUGUGAUGGCACAAACUCCUGUAAAAUGGGCUGUAUUUCUAGUAUGAUUACUGUUGUAUCAUUGACAUGGACUUCAGUUUAUUUUUGUAUCUGCAUGUGACUUUGUGUAUAGUGUGCUGUUAGUGUUUUUAAUCAUCAAUAAAGUGUUUCCUUAAAA